AUGACUUCGGAAUCGACUAGCAUACUGGGCUUGGACAGGAAAGCAAUGGAAGCAGAGCGCUUGGCGAGGCAGCAAGCCCGAAAAAGGCAGCGGUCUAUAUCGCCGCCUCCAAUCAUCACGGAAUUUUCACCUCCCGCUUCACUCCAGUAUCCAAAUGGUGCUGUGAAGAAGACCUGGGCUUUUGGUCACGAGCGCACAGGCCACGAUAUAAAACUCGAAGAAGUGCUGGAACCUUCAUCCGUCCGCACAGCAGUCCUGUCCGCAUUCCAAUGGGACAUAGAUUGGCUUCUACGCAAGCUCAAGACACCUCUGAAUGGCGGCAGCACUAAAUGCGUCUUUGUAAUGCAAGCGAAAGAGAAAGAGGACCGCGAUCAGUGGCGAGAAGAUGCUAGCGACAUGAGCCACUUUCUUCGAUUCUGCUUUCCCAACAUGAGCGGUCUCAUCAGCUGCAUGCAUUCAAAGCUCAUGCUUCUCUUUCAUCCUCACAAACUCCGCAUCGCAAUACCAACCGCGAAUCUGCUCAACUUCGACUGGGGCGAAACGGGACAAAUGGAGAAUAGCGUAUUUCUCAUCGAUCUUCCCAGAUAUUCUGAUGGAUUGAAGGCGUCUCUUGAAGAUCUGCCAUCCUUUGGUCGGGAACUCAUGUACUUCAUUCAGAAGCAAGGUCUCGAUCAAGAUGUCAGAGAUGGUGUACUCAAAUUCGACUUCUCGGCUACCAGGGACAUGGCUUUUGUACAUACUGUCGGAGGCGUGCACUACAAAGACGAGGCAGCGAGAACCGGGCUCUUAGGCCUGAGCAGCGCCGUCAGAGAGCUUGGUCUAAGCACCGGCAGUGACCUCGAGAUCGAAUUUGCGGCAUCAUCAAUCGGCAUGCUCAACGAGGCCCAGGUGAACGACCUCCACACAGCAGCAAGGGGAAAACCCCAGCAAUCCUCCUCCACUACAGAGACCUCCACCGCACGCAAGAACGUCCGAAUCUACUUCCCCACAGCAGACACCGUACGUUCCUCCACCGCAGGCUCUGCAGGCACAAUUUGUCUACAACGCAAAUACUUCGAGGCCAAGAACUUUCCCCGCGACAUCUUCCGAGACUACAAAUCCACGAGGCGAGGUCUUUUAAGCCAUAAUAAAAUCUUAUGUGCUCGAAGUCGCAAGGAAAAAGUUGCUUGGGUAUAUGUGGGUUCAGCGAACAUGAGCAAGAGUGCUUGGGGAGAACUGGGUGCGAAGAGGGAUGAGAAUAAAAUUACUUGUCGGAAUUGGGAGUGUGGGGUUAUCUUGCCUGUUGCGCGGAAGGUGAAGGAUGAGAAUGGUGAUGAGGAGACUGAUGAUGAAGGAGAAGAUGAGAAGGCGUUGGUCAGCAUGAAUGCUUUCGCUAACGUGAUUGAUCUGCCAUUCGAGGUUCCUGGGGAGGAGUAUGCUGGUCGAGAGCCGUGGUACUUUAUGGAGUAG